AUGAAUGAUGGUUUCUCAACCCAGAUUCAACAACGCGAUGCCAAUGAACUGGAAUGCUCCCACAACACCAAACAUAUCCAUCAAGUUCAUGAGAUACUUCAAAGCCAAGGGCUACUCAAGAUAAACUUGAAAUUCCGCGACGAAUCAAGCAACUAUCUCACACAACUGAUCUCAUCCCUGAACAAAAGCCACAACCAUGGUUUACCUAUCACCCAUAGCUCGACACGAGGCUGGUUCUGGGAUGUACGACCUCAAUUUACGACAACACUAGCAAGAUCAUCCUCAAACUCGAGCCCUUGUUUCUCACCGGGAAAUUUGCCGGCACGGUCUGAAACAUCCGAAUCCUUCCCCUGGCACACCGACUGCAGCUACGAAGAACAUCCACCCAGCUUCUUCGCGUUACAGGUCCUCCGUGCCGAUACCUGCGGAGGUGGUACUCUCUCCCUAAUGGAGCUAGCCCGCGUCCUGCCGCUGCUGUCCGCCACAGCGCGAAAAUAUCUAUCCAAGGCUGAAUACCGCAUUACGGUCCCACCAGAGUUCGUCAAGAGAGAUGAUCAGCAAUUUAUUGUUGGUAGCAUUUUGACCAAUACGGGUUAUGGGCUACGAUUCCGUGAAGAUAUCAUUACGCCACUGACGACGAGCGGGAGCGAAGCGUUCGAGGAGCUGAAAAAUAUGUUGCGAAGCUCUGAGGCUAGAUCACGGACGAUCUCACUGUCGCCACAACUGUUGCCGAGUGGAUCGAUUGUCUUGGUUGGGAAUCGUCGGUGGCUUCAUGCUAGGAACGAGGUGCGGGACCCGAAGAGACAUUUGAGAAGAGUUCGAUGGGAUGCCAAAUCAUUUGAGUGGUAA